CUUUUGUUCUAUAGUUUUCCUUUUGCCGUCAUCCCCUAGAAAAAGCCCGAAAAGUUUUAUAAAUGGACCACACCCCCCGAAUUUUGUCCCUAUAGCACUUUCCCUCUUGCUCCUUCCUACUUGGUUUAUCUUUGUUUGUGAUUAUACCAUUCAAUUCUAAUCAGCACUCACAUUCGAAUUUGCAACAAUGCUUCCAAUUGCAGACUCAAUUCUCAGAGUAUUAAACUUUAUGUUCCUGACCAUCGUCCUUGGUCUGACGGGUUCGCUUAUCCAUGGUCAAGACCACUCUAAUUCCAGGGUCAACUUUGCCCUGUUUGCCUCAGUCUUUGGUUUGGUGUUCUCAUCAUUCUACGGGUUGCUUGCCAACUUUGUCGAGUUCCUCGCAUGGCCGGUGAUCCUCGUGGCCUUGGACUUCUUGAACUUCGUCUUCACCUUCUCCGCUGCCACUGCACUGGCUGUUGGCACAAGAACCCACUCUUGUUCUAACCAGUCCUACUUGGACAGCAACAGUAUCACCCAGGGCUCCAAGGACCGUUGCAGAAAGGCACAGGCUUCCACCGCCUUCCUGUACUUCUCCUUCUUCACCUUCAUUGGUUCCGGUGCCAUCUCCAUCUUCUCCUUGUUGAACGGUGGUGCCUUCGGCUCCAGAAGACCUAGAAAGUCCGCUGGUGUUCCAACCAUCUCCACCGCUUGAGUCCUGGCUGGGUUAUAACGUCAUGUCGUGAGAAUCAUGUGACAUUACCGUCCUUUACUACCGCCACUAUUCCCACUGCCACUACACAUACGCACAUAUUCACACCUGUAUACAUUAUUAUACCACCACCACCACCACUUUUUUAUAUGCUCCACUGUGA